GUUUCGUCUUACCUUUUCCGCUAUCAAAGGGGUUUUUGUUUCUCUGCACUUUUUUUCGGGAAACACACACAGGUUUGGAAAGUUGUACCACGUGACGCAGCCUAUCCCUGAGUGUGACGUCAGCAGAGACUUGAAGACUUUACCUGAAGAGGGAGAUAAAACUUUGACCUGUUCUCCUAAUAUUUCAGAAAUGUAUUUCCUCUUCUCGCAGAUUGUAAUGAUGACACACUGACUGAAACUGGUGGCUAAUGUCACGCUGAUGGUGCAGUCUCCCAGUUUCUCUGCAGGGGUAAGUGAGGUGUAUCUUUUCCCGUCCUAGGAUGGACAGUUAUUUUAAGGCUGCUGUGUGCGACCUGGACAAGCUUUUGGAUGACUUUGAACUCAAUGCAGAGGAGCUUGAGAACAAGCCCACCACAUAUGCAAGCGCUCCUUGUCCCGAGUCCACGUUCAUCCCAGGUCACAAUUUGGAUAUUCAGAGCUUCAUACCAGAGGUCUCUCAAACACUCCCAGAUGUCAACGCUCUGCACUAUGGACUUACAUCACAAAGUAUUACCCCAAAUCAAAAAGAUUCUUAUUCAAAUGAAUGGCCACUCACAGGUGUGGACCUCCUGUCCUCCGUCGACAGCAGAGGUAUCAAAAACUCGGCUCCUCCUUGUCCGGACCGGUCGCUGAAGCCUGUGUGUGACCUGGUGAAUGAUACGGGUUCUGCAAACCUCCAGCAAGACAGUAGUCAGGAAGACUUCAAAGAGCUGGACGUUCCUGAGAAGGAAACUAAUGAGGAGCUUCUAGUGGACUUCGAGAGUCCAGUAGUAUCUUGUCCAGAAGAUUUUUCUGGUGAAUUACCAAAACAUGACUCUGAGGUUAACUCCAACUCCUUCAGUCUGCUGGAUGUCAUAUUACCGGCCUUUAGUGACCCUCAUGGGUCAACUAGCACCACAACUUUGGAGUGCAAACAGAUGGAAAGUCCUGAAGAAUCAAGCUUCAGUGAUCAGAACAAUUCUCAAUGCAAUCCAAUGAAUGAGGAAGAUGCCAGUAAUUUAAUUCCCAAUGCUACAGAUGGAGAUAUUACAGUAUUGAAUGAUGAGCAUGCUGUAUCGCUCCAGCCGGAUUCAAAAGAUGCACAACUGUCUGAAGAUGCUGGUGUCCAAAAUCCAGAAGAUUUGGCUGGAAGUCCCUCCUCGGAGAAGGAAUCUUCCCUGUCUUGUUUGCCGAUGGCCGUUUCUAUGUGUGGAUCUCUCGUGGCGUCUUUAGAGCCUCAAAAGGCAGCAGUGAUCGAAACCAAAGAUGAGGAUGAACUGGAAAUAAAUUCAGCAAUUCGAGAGGCCGAAGAGUUAAUUCUUCCUUUAGAAGAGCCUGUAAAUCCAUUCUCCUCCAGUCGGCCUGAUUCCUCACCUGAAGAUGAACCUGAGCUAGUCCAGAUCAUGUCGAACCCCGAGAGGGCGUCUGCUGUCUCGGGCCAUUACCCUGAAAGAAACUUUAAGCGCACCUUUUCGCCUACAGAUAAACUAACCCGUAGAGAUAUGUGUGAAAGCAACCUGUCACCACCCUAUUCAGAGAGCCCAAAUUAUUCCUACGAGUUCGGUAUCUCUAACGAUUACCUUCCUGAAAGUGACCAGACCGGGAUGAUGGUCACGGAUGAGGAGCUGGAUGCCUUUCUAAUGGGUCAGGGUGUGAAAAUCGACUCUGACGCUGAUGCUGAAAAAUUCGCAGAUGACGGUUUUUCAGAAUUUAACGGAAAUGCCGAUGGCUAUUUAGAUGAGGAAUUGCAGAGCUGUAAAGUUGACACAUUUGCCUCUCCUGAGAGCGAUGGCUCGCUUCAAUAUCUGGAGGAGAGCGAGGGUUCAAACGUUUCUUCUUCGUCUCAGGACAGCAGCCCUCUGAGAACGGACUCCAUUCAAACAAUUAGCCAUGAAAACAUAACCAGCUCUGUUGAGAUUCAGUCAGUUUGCUCCCCCAACCGAGAGUUAAAUUACGGCGGGGCGAGACCAAAGCAGUCGUCCAACCAAACCGUACGUCCUCCGUCGGAAAGACACAGAAGCACUCGUGCUGAAGCCGAUUCGGCAGGUCCUGCUGCGGAGAACGACUCGCUAAUUUCGCCCAACCGAGAUGAAAAUGACUGUGAACCUCCCUCUUAUCAGCAAUAUGAUGCCAGUUACGGGCACGAUGAGCUCUCAGAGCCUCCACCGUACCCAGGAGAGACUCUGGAGUCAUCCGUCGAUCCGGCAGAUCUCGAGGCCGAGGGUUUGGGAUCAAAGCAGCCACCGUGGGUCCCUGACUCUGAGGCCCCUAACUGCAUGAAUUGUGAACAAAAAUUUACCUUUACUAAAAGGAGACACCAUUGCAGAGCAUGCGGAAAGGUGUACUGUGCUGGCUGCUGCAACCGUAAAUGCAGACUGAAAUAUCUGGAUAAAGAGGCCAGGGUUUGUGUCAUCUGCCAUGUUACCAUACAGAGAGAAAUCGAGACUCAUCAGACCAGGCAACAUUUUUCCAGUCCUCAACUGUCCAAUUUUGCUCAAGCCCAUGAGAGAAUGAUGAGCCCCACUGGGCCCAGUCCCAAUCCCAACAUCCCAUCAGAGUACUGCUCCACCAUACCACCCAUGCAGCAGGCCCGUGCUGCCGGCACCCUCAACUCUCCCCCACCCACCGUCAUGGUCCCCGUGUCUGUCCUCAAACACCCCGGUAAUGACGGUUUUCCACGUGAGCAGAAGCACGUGUGGUUUGCUGAUGGUAUCCUGCCAAACGGUGAGGUAGCCGACACCACCAAACUCUCCGUACAGACCCGAAGAUCCUCUCAGGAGUCGAGUCCAGUAACGCCAGACCCACCGGAGCCUGAUGCUAAAAUUCCUGGCGAGUCUGAUGAGAGUGCCGGAGUCAGUUCUGACAGCGCUACUGAGGUGAGCCGCCCGCCCGUCAGAGGCCCGUGGGACUACGGCCUACUUUGUGGGGUUGGCAACUGCGUAGAGAGAGCGGCCAGUCUGGUGCCGGAGGAUGACGAAGGUCUGCCUCCACUUCUCAUUACUACAGGAGAGGAGGAAGUUGGGGAUUUAUUAGUUGAGGAACGUCCUGCUGCUUGCCAAAUCUUGCUGCUGUUGGAGGAGGGAGGCCCACAACCUCUGAUCUUCGUCCUCAACGCCAAUUUACUGGUGAACGUCAAGAUCGUCACAUAUUGUGAGAAGAAGUGCUGGUGUCUGAGCUCUAAUGGUCUUCAGGGAGUUGGCCAGAAAGAGCUGGUGUUUAUAAUCGAAUGUCUCCCAGAGGAAAACAGCCUGCCUAGAGACGUAUUCAACCUGUAUGUUAGUAUAUACCAGGAUGCACAGAAAGGGAAGUUUGUUGAGCACCUUGGCAAUGUGACAUUCACUGAUAGUUUCCUGGGCAGUAAAGACCACGGCGGAGUCCUGUUCUUCACUCCAACCUUUCAGCCUCUGGAUGGUCUUGCUUUGCCGCAGGUCUCGUUCCUCUGUGGCCUUUUGAUUCAGAAGCUGGAGGUGCCGUGGGCUAAAGUGUUUCCCCUCCGACUGCUGCUCGCUCUAGGGGCACAAUACAACGUGUAUCCCUGCCCAUUGGUGAGCGUGCGUUUCCGCGACUCAGUUUUUAAAGAGACAGGACACACCAUCAUGAAUCUGCUCACAGAUCUGAGGAACUACCAAUACAGUUUACCUGUGGUGGAAAGUCUGCGAGUACACAUGGAGCUGGGAAACAGCUACAUCGAGAUUCCCAAGUCCAGGUUUAAUGAGAUGCUGAAGGUGGUGAACUCCUCCAAUGAGCAUGUGAUCAGUUUCGGUGCUUGUUUCAGCACAGAGGCCGAUUCCCACUUGGUUUGCAUGCAGAACGAGGACGGAAGCUACCGGACUCAAGCCAAUAGCAUUCCAGGGAAAACCAGGAGAGUGACUGGAGCUAGUUUUGUGGUGUUUAAUGGUGCUCUGAAAGCCUCAUCAGGAUUUAUUGCCAAAUCUAGCAUUGUGGAGGAUGGGUUAAUGGUGCAAAUCCCUCCGGAGACGAUGGAGGGUUUGCGACAGGCCCUCAGGGACCAGAGCGACUUCCAGAUACCAUGUGGAAGGGCAGAUUCAGAAGAGACACGAGAAAAUGUGAAUGUACGCUGGGUCGACUGGAUCGCACCUGUCAACACUGGAGUCUCCAGUCCAGUGGAUGGCAAGUCUCUGGAGGGAGUGUCCAGCAUCAAGAUCCAGCAGGACUCUGAGUUUGAGAUGGAUGGCCAAACCAUCAGGUGUACUGAGGUUUUCUAUCUGCUGAAGUCUUCAGACGUUUCCCUAUCUGCCAUCCUCACAUCAUCAGCUCAGUUUCAGAGAGAGAUUGCCACCGCCAGCUGCGCUGCCCUCUGCCCGCACCUCUCUGUGCUCAUGGCCAAUGGAUUCAACUCUCUCGCGCUCCGAGUCUCCACCGACUCGGACAUGGUUGAGUACCAGGCUGGCUCUAGUGGCCAACUCCUGCCUCAGAAGUAUAUGAACGAUCUGGACGGGGCUCUGAUUCCCGUCAUCCACGGUGGAAGCUCCUGUGUCCCCCAUCAGACCAUGGACAUGGAGUUUUUCUUCUACAUCUCAAUGAGCAUUUGAACGCUGCUGACUUUCCAAUCAAAGGCAGCCAGUGGAAACUUCACACUCGUAACCGAUGAGUUGCAGAUGCAUAGAAACUCCUUAUCUGAUUUCUGACAAGGUAUGGAGAGUUUGAUGCAUUUUAAAGAAAAUUAAAAAAGCACUUCACUAAAGUGGAACUAUAUUAGCGAUCCUUUUAGAAUAAAGCAGAGGUCUUGGAUCAGCAGCAGAAAUAAAAACGUGAGAACUGUG